CCCGGACAGACGGACGGACGGAACGGAGACGCCCCAGCCCGCGGGCGCAACUUGUCCCCUCCCCGGGAAGAUGCAGGGGCUCAUGAUGCUGGUUGCCACCUCGGGCGCCUGCCUGGGCCUGCUGGCGGCAGCUGCGGCGGCGGCGGCAGCAGGUGCUACCCCCGCCCAAGGGGACCCCACCCACCGGCGCCAAAAGAGAGACUGGAUCUGGAACCAGAUGCACAUCGAUGAAGAGAAAAACACCUCCCUGCCCCAUUACGUGGGCAAGAUCAAGUCGAGCGCGAAUCGCAGGAACGCCAAGUACGUGCUCAGAGGAGACUCUGUCGGCAAGGUGUUCCAGGUCAACGCAGAGACAGGGGACGUGUACGCCUUCGAGAGGCUGGACCGCGAGAAGAUCUCCGAGUACCAACUCACCGCCCUCAUCGUCGACAAGGACACCGACAGAAACCUGGAGUCUCCUUCCAGCUUCACCAUCAAAGUUCACGACGUGAACGACAACUGGCCUGUAUUCACGCACCGGCUGUUCAACGCAUCCGUGCCCGAGAUGUCAGCUGUGGGGACCUCGGUCAUCCGUGUGACAGCGAUGGACGCAGACGACCCCACUGUGGCAGACCAUGCCUCAGUCAUGUACCAGAUCCUGAAGGGGGAAGAGCAUUUUGCCAUCGAUAAUUCUGGACUCAUUUUCACAACCACCAAAAACCUGGACCGAGAGGUGCAGGCCAAGUACGAGAUCGUGGUGGAAGCACGAGAUGCCCAGGGCCUCCGGGGGCACUCGGGCACGGCCACUGUGCUGGUCACUCUGAAGGACGUCAACGACAACUUCCCCAUCUUCACCCAGACCAAGUACACGUUUGUCGUGCCCGAAGACAGCCGUGUGGGCAGCCCCGUGGGCUCUCUGUUUGUGGAGGACCCAGACGAGCCCCAGAACCGCAUGACCAAGUACAGCAUCGUGCAGGGCGAGUACAGGGACACGUUCACCAUCGAAACGAACCCCGACCGCAACGAGGGCAUCAUUAAGCCCAUGAAGCCCCUGGACUACGAACGCAUCCGGCAGUACAGCUUCACCAUCGAGGCCACGGACCCCACCAUCAACCUCCGGUACCUGGGCGGCACCUCCAGCAGGAACAAAGCGCGCGUCAUCAUCAACGUCACGGACGUGGACGAGCCCCCCGUCUUCCAGCGGCCCUUCUACCACUUCCAGCUGCAGGAGAACCAGAAGAAACGUUGCAUCGGCUCGGUGCUGGCCAGGGACCCCGAUGAGACGCGGCACAACAUUGGAUACUCCCUCCGUAGGACCAGUGACAAAGGCCAAUUCUUCCAAGUAACCAAACAGGGGGACAUUUGCAAUGAGAAACAACUGGACAGAGAAGUCUACCCCUGGUAUAACCUGACUGUGGAGGCCAAAGAACUGGAUUCUAGUGGGAUCCCCACAGGCAAAGAAUCCAUCGUGCAAGUCCACGUUGAAGUUCUGGAUGAGAACGACAAUGCCCCUGAGUUUGCCCAGCCCUAUGAGCCCAAAGUGUGUGAGAACGCCGCCCAGGGCAAGCUGGUCCUGCAGAUCUCCGCAAUCGACAAGGACAUAACGCCACACAACGUGAAGUUCAGAUUUGCCCUGAGCACUGAGGACAGCAACUUCACCCUCACAGACAAUCACGAUAACACGGCCAACAUCACGGUCAAGUACGGGCAAUUUGAUCGGGAGCGUGCCAAGGUCCACUUCCUGCCCGUGGUCAUCUCGGACAACGGGAGGCCGAGCCUCACCGGCACCAGCACGCUGACCGUGGCCGUGUGCAAGUGCAACGAGCGCGGCGACUUCACCUUCUGUGAGGAGAUGGCCCCCCAGGUGGGCGUCAGCAUCCAGGCACUGGUGGCCAUCUUCCUGUGCAUCCUCACCGUCACAGUGAUCGCUCUGCUCAUCUUCCUGCGCCGGCGGCUGCGGAAGCAGGCCCGCGCCCACGGCAGGAGCGUGCCCGAGAUCCACGAGCAGCUGGUCACCUACGACGAGGAGGGCGGCGGGGAGAUGGACACCACCAGCUACGACGUGUCAGUGCUCAACUCGGUGCGCCGAGGCGGGGCCAAGCCCCCGCGGCCCGCGCUGGACGGCCGGCCGCCCCUCUACGCCCAGGUGCAGAAGCCACCGCGGCACGCGCCCGGGGCGCACGGCGGGCCCGGGGAGAUGGCGGCCAUGAUCGAGGUGAAGAAGGACGAGGCGGACCACGACGGCGACGGGCCCCCCUACGACACGCUGCACAUCUACGGCUACGAGGGCUCCGAGUCCAUCGCCGAGUCCCUCAGCUCGCUCGGCACCGAUUCGUCCGACUCCGACAUCGAUUACGACUUCCUGAACGACUGGGGGCCCAGGUUCAAGAUGCUGGCCGAGCUGUAUGGAUCAGACCCGCGGGAGGAGCUGCUGUAUUAGGGGGCCUGGGGGCCCAAACGCCCUGCAGCCCAGGCCAGUCAGACACCAGGCACAAAGCCCUCCAAAAGUGGCACUGACUCCCCAGCCCAGCACGCCUUCCUCGCGGGUGCCACAGGCCUCACCAUCCCCGGGAUAGCACACUCCAGGGCCCUGAAAUACCAGGAACAGAUUUCAGUGCUGGCGACCCCCAAAUGCUGGAAAACCCAGGCUAGUGUCCUGUCUGGGACCAGACGUCAACAUAACCCCGUCACCCCCAGACCACGGUCUAACUCAAAGACUUUCUCUGGCUCAGCAAGGUUGCAGAGCAGCCCGUGUUCAACUGCUAGGGGGUCUUCCUCCGAGGUCCCUGAACCACCUGCUGGGGCUGGUGAGGUCCUGGGGCCUAUCUGCCUGGAGGCAUGACAUGUGGGACAAGACUCUGCCACCCAGUCCCCAGGGAGACGGCAAUGGCCCAUCAGUCCUGCUCUUAAGAAUCCCGGCCCUGCUGCGUCCAACUCCAUCACAGCCUCCCAAGGGCCCCCGGGCCCUCCCCAGGACUGUCAAGAGGGAGGAAGGGGCCACAUGGGAGCUCCCGACCUUGGGUCCUGAGGUGACCGCACUGGCCUGCCCCACCAGUGACUGUGCUGUACUGAGCAUUGAACCACUCAACCAAAUUCAGGGAAAUGGCUGGUUGAACUUUGAAGCAACUGUGAACUCAUCCUGGAGGGACAGUGGAGAUCAAAUGUGACAGAGCACUGGGGGAAGGCCUGGAGGAGCUGAGACCCUGAUUUGAGACUCUUCAACAACGCCCCUCCAGUUUUGCCUGUGAGGGGCUCAGAUGUCCCUAGAGCAGGAGACCUCUCCCCACCUCUGCCUCACCUGCUCACUCCUUCAAGCUCUUUCUUUUCUCUGCCUGCCCCUUAUCUCUUGACUUAGAGGCGCCCAUGGUGUGGCCCUCAGCAGGUCUGGCCACUGUCCAAACCCACACAUGACUGCAUGACAGAGCCUUACCACUGGCCUUCACACCUCGUUGCCACAUCUCAGGGAACUGACCCUCAGGCACACCUUUUGGAAAAAGCAAAGCCCCUGCCCUGCCCAAGCUCUGUGGUCAUCCUUGUAUUUCCCACUUUCAGCCACAAAUGAAAACAUUCCACUGCAUCACGCCUUGGGGAAGUGGCAUCAACCAGCAGAGUGGCAGGGAAGGAGGCAAAGUCUCCUGCUCACCCCUCACUGCAGACCAAGGUCCCCACUCUGGGAAAGGCCCCUCCCACUGCAGGAGAGUGUAAAUAACACUGCCUUUUUUUUUUUAACCAAUAACUAGUUUUUCAUAAUGAUUUUUUUUUACUAAUAAUACUUAAGUUUCUAGAUAUCACAAACAUAUAGAAUUAGUGUUUUGUAUAAUAAGCAGGUUGUUAUUUAGGUUAACAAUUUUAAUUCAGGUUUUUUAGUUGGAUAAAUAAUUCCUAUAACCUUCUACUUCCUAUCAUUAUAGUAAUUGAUCUGCAGAUAAUGACUAUAUAUUGGUCACACUGGUGCAUGAGACAUACUGUAUUUUUUUAUACUUAAAUAAAGAAAAAUCUUGAAAUUC